GAAGCCAUCAUGCCGGAGCUUAUAGAGCAGAUGUACUGCUCCCAGCAGAUUGUAAUACCUCCGAAAUUUCCUUAUAUCCUCAAGAGAUAUUGUAAAGCGGCAAUAAAAACUCAACCCUACGAUCUUCUACGCUGGUCGUUUGAGUACUUCAGAGCAUUGGCUGAGCACCGAGCUCCGCCCGUGAAGCUUAGACUGGAGUAUCCUAUCUACAGCACCGAGGGGGGACUGACUCGAGGCUGCUUGAAGGUCCUGGCUAAUCAGAUGUAUGGCAUGACAGAUGUGCCCAUGGCAGUCGUGAAGCGCGCCUGGCAAGGGUUCUGCUUGGACCACAUGGAGCUGAAGAGGAUCCUGUGCCUCUGUGAGGUGUACCUGCGACAAGAUUCAGUGCCUUUGUUACAUUUCUUGGCGGUCGCUGGUGGGAUGCUGACUAAGUGUCUAACACACACGAUGAUUCUUCUCUGCGAGUCUCUAACCAAGGAGCCUGAUGGUGGUUCAGCAGCUAUACCCAUGGAGGACUUCCUGAAGAUGUACAGGUUCCUCGCCCAGGUGGACGCUUCCAAGGAUGUUCAGUACCAUAAUGGGUACAGAGAAGGUGCUGCGCCUGCCAUUCCUGUUAUGGAGGUAGUUCAAGAUGAUGAAGAAGAUCAAGAAGCGAAAAAACUGAAGCAGCUCAGUGCUACGAAAAUGCAAGAUUUUGGCUAUGCACCACCAGGUAUGGUGGCUGGUCGUCAAAUGUCGACUACCAGUGGAGAAUUUAUUGUACAAACAAUAGAGAAAGAAAUUAUGGACUACAUCGAUGAACAAAUUGCUAUAUUACCUGAUCCUGAUCUGAAGAAGAAAAAGGCCAAACCGGAGGAAGUAGCGAUGAUCAGAGAUAUAUUGGAGCAGUUCCUCGAUGAUAACAUGGAGAUUAUAGUUCCAGAGGUUGAAGAGAUUGAGGAGGAGGAAACUCCUAUACCUGAGAUCACAAUGGUGUAUGCCGUCCCGGGUAUCGGCGGUCCGGUAGACAAGGAGAUAAUGGCAGAUUUUGAAGAGUUCAUCAAGGAAGUCUGCAAGUUACAAGCUGAAAUGGUGAUGCCAAGGAACAUACGUCACUUCCUCUGCCCACCGCUCGAGAAGUAUGUGGAACACGACUAUACAGAAUUUGAACCUCCGAAGCCUGAAGUCACGACAGGUGGAACUAUUACUGAAUAAAAUCACACUUAUUUUCAUUAACUUAAAGUUCAAUUUACAUUGCACCUUAAUUUGACUUAGAUUUUUGCCAUUAAUUGUAGAAUUUCGAAAGUUGUUGGAUCUUGUAGUUUUAUAUCCUAGUCAUUUGUAGACCUUUGGAAAAUAAGUUAAGAGGGAGUCUGAUCCCUGCAGAUGGGAAAAGGCUAGACAGAUUAAUGAUUCAUGAUAAUGUACUGUAUGUAGAUUUUAAAGUUUGUUAUGUUGUUAAUGUUUAGCUUCAGUUUCUUAAUUAUUUCGUUGUAAGAGUAGGUUAGAAGUUAAAAUACAUAUUCUUGUUAUCGUAGCAUUAUGUUUGUAUAAGUUGAAUGUCUUAGCAUUAGGCACCUACUUAUGUAUUUUAAGUAAAUCUUCACUUUCUACCUAAAGCCGAUUUAAGGCAACAAAUCUAAAAAUGGUUCAAAAUAUUUUAGGAUCAAAACCUUCAAGUCCGAAGAAAGGCUUAACACUGCCGUAAAUCUACAGCCUAUAAAUAUCGAUGUUAUAUCUCACGAAAGCGGAUAAGCCACACUUGUGUGUGUAAAUGUACAUGCACAUUGUGUAUGUAUGCCUCGGCGACUCGACCACUACUGAGCGCUCCCGAGCUUUUUCAAAUGACCCCCUCCCUCUGUGGGUUAGCAGCGGUGAGGGAGAGUCAGACUCUUACUGACUAAAAACCGUCGUGUUCCGUCGUAGGCUUUUUAUGUACUAGGGCCGCGGUAACUCUUUCGAACAAUCCCGCAGCUUACGCAUACAAAGACAAUGUGCAUGUAUACAAGUCUGGCUCACCCGCUUUCAUGAGAUAAAAUAUCUAGAGGUCUGAAGAAGUCACGUUUUCAUAAAACUGUCUGUAUUUUUUUAACUAUGUAUGUGUCUAUUUAUUAAAACUGUUUUAGAAGUUCUAUGUAUUGUGUAAUUAACGAUAUUACAAUGUAAUUUAUCUUUUAAUUAAAUAAAUAAACUAGCAUU